UGAUGCUACCCCACUUGUUGAAACAAUUUGACAUGUUGUACAAAGCAUAAGCUUUGUAGGUUCAAGAAUAAGGCUUAGCAUCUAUGUUUACAUGUUCCUAAUUAUGGGUCUAUGAAUGUGUAUCUAGAACCUGCUACAGAAGAUGUGACAUCACCUGCAACCGGAACUGCCAAACCACCAAGAUACGGUCAGGGGCCAGCGAAAUGUAUUGAGUUCGAUAAGUUUCGGAAGCACGGGAAAAUACCUUUGAAAAUUAACAAUAGGCAAACCGCACCUUGCUGCGAAAAUGCAACGGUGUUUACAACACGGGUCACAUGGAUCUUGAAGCAUCAUGGGGACAUGAGUUACCCACAGUGGACUGAUGUACCCAUGGUUGAGAAGGAAGAGCUAAUGGACCGUGUCCGGGCUGACUUCAUAUUGGACUGGGAUUUGGACAAUCACCGCAAGGGGGUGUGGAAACAGCUACGAAAGCGCUUCAAUGCUUUCCAUCAUGAGCUUCACAAGAAAUAUUUGUCAUAUGAUAGCCAUGAAGAAGCCUUGGCUAGUGUACCUGAUAUGGUUGGGCAGCAUGUUUGGGCAAAGUUAUGUAAUAGAUGGGGGAGUAAGGCAUUCAAGGUACGCCUUUGCUGCAUUUACAACAUUAAGCACUGAUUUAAUAGGCCAAAAAAGUAUACUUACUGUGUAUCAAGUGCACGCAUGAUUCGAUUAAGCCACCUCACAUUGUGCAUCAUUAAUUUGAUAUGUGAAGUUGCA